UUUCAGUUUCUUGAACAUAUCAGAAAGGUGCAUUUCAAGACCAAAGAUGGUGAAAAUGUUUAUUUUGAUGAAAAUGGCGACCCUGCAGGAAAAUAUGAAAUAAUAAACUGGCAAGCAAAUAAAGAACACCCACAUAAAUUUGUUACUGUUGGAUUUUAUGACUCCUCUUUUCCUGGGCAGAGUCGCUUAUCUGUAAACAUGACCUCUAUUGUUUGGGCAAAAAGUACUGAUAAAGUACCAAAAUCUGUAUGCAGCGAGAGCUGCCCACCUGGAACAAGGAAAGCUGUGCAAAAAGGAAAGCCUAUCUGUUGCUUUGACUGUGUACCAUGUGCUGCAGGAGAGAUUAGUAAUAUGACAGAUUCUAUUGAAUGUAAACAAUGUCAGCAAGAUUACUGGUCAAAUCCACAGAAGGAUGAAUGUGUCAAGAAAGAAAUUGAAUAUCUGUCAUAUGAGGAAACUAUGGGAAUAUUGCUCACAGUUGUUUCUGUUGUUGGUGCAUUUAUGACAAUGGUAAUAGCAGUCAUAUUUCUUAAAUAUAAAAACACUCCGAUAGUCAAAGCCAACAACUCUGAACUGAGCUUCCUGCUGCUCUUUGCACUUGCUCUAUGUUUCCUUUGUUCACUUACUUUCAUUGGACGGCCCUCAGAAUGGUCCUGUAUGCUGCGUCACACAGCAUUUGGGAUCACGUUUGUCCUCUGCAUUUCCUGUGUUCUGGGAAAAACAAUAGUGGUAUUAAUGGCCUUCAGGGCUACACUUCCAGGUAGUAAUGUCAUGAAAUGGUUUGGACCUCCACAACAGAGACUCAGUGUACUUGCAUUCACUCUAGUACAGGUGUUAAUUUGUGUUCUUUGGUUAACAAUAUCCCCUCCUUUCCCCUUCAAAAACCUAAAUCACUACAAGGAAAAGAUCAUUCUGGAAUGUCAUUUGGGCUCAACCAUAGGAUUCUGGGCUGUGCUAGGUUAUAUAGGACUUUUAGCUCUUUUAUGUUUUGUUUUGGCUUUUCUGGCUCGGAAGUUGCCUGAUAAUUUUAAUGAAGCUAAAUUCAUCACAUUCAGUAUGCUCAUAUUCUGUGCAGUUUGGAUCACUUUUAUUCCAGCUUAUGUCAGUUCACCUGGGAAAUUUACUGUAGCUGUGGAAAUAUUUGCCAUUUUGGCAUCAAGCUUUGGUUUGUUAUUCUGUAUCUUUUUUCCAAAAUGUUACAUAAUUAUACUGAAGCCAGAGAAGAACACUAAAAAGCAAAUUAUGGGGAAAAUACCACUUAAGUAAACUAACAUUCCAUAUGUUAAUUAAUAUGGCCUUGUAUAAAACAUAUGACUAAGUAACCAUAACUAAACACACUGGAUAUUUUACCAUUAAGAUCUGUUCUGUACCUUUACUCACUUAAUAAUGGAUUUUGCAUUUUGUUUUCUCCCCCAUUUAAGAAGCCCUGUGGCUCACUGAAAUAGGGCAUCCUCCUGAUAUUUUAGAAUGCUUAUUUUAUAUCUUUUUCCAACAAAUUCCCUCAAUGUGGGGUGUCUGUAGCACAUGCACCAUUUACAUAAAAUGAUUAAUUGAAUGAAUGAAAGAAUGAAUGAAUACAUUUUGAAUACAUUUAAACCAGGGGCAUUUCUAGGGUUUGAUCAAUACUGGGCAGGCCCAACAAGAAUUUAACAGAAGUACUUCUAAGAGGGUCGGGGGCAUACUCCCCCAGGAAUAAUUUUUUUGCAAAAACUGCACCAAAGCAUUCAGUUCUGGUGACACUGGGAUUAGUAUUUAUUUAUUUUAAUUAGACAUACUAAGUAAGAAACAUUAAUGAAAGUAUGUGCUGCAGAUCAUUUAAUUAGUUCAAUUUUACAUUUAAUUUACUAUAAAGGGCUUUGUUA